AUGGCUGACAUGCCAGAGGGUUGUGCUGACAUCCAGAGGGACCGGGAUGGGCUUGAGAAGUGGGCUGGCAGGAAUCUCAUGCAGUUCAGCAAGGUUUUGAGCAAGGAUUCCUGUUCUACCUGGGGUGGAGGGCAUUUUUCAACCUUUGAUAAAUAUCAGUAUGACUUCACUGGCACCUGCAACUAUAUCUUUGCAACUGUAUGUGAUGAAACCAGCCCAGACUUCAACAUUCAGUUCCGCCGUGGGCUGGACAAAAAAAUUGCGAGGAUCAUUAUUGAGCUGGGACCUUCCGUUGUCAUUGUUGAGAAAGGCAGCAUUUCUGUCAGGAGCAUUGGUGUCAUUAAGUUGCCUUACACCAGCAAUGGAAUUCAAAUAGCACCUUAUGGACGCAACAUCCGUCUGGUGGCCAAGCUGAUGGAGAUGGAGCUAGUUGUCAUGUGGAACAAUGAGGACUAUCUCAUGGUAUUGACUGAAAAAAAGUAUAUGGGGAAAACCUGUGGAAUGUGUGGAAAUUACGAUGGUUAUGAAUUGAACGAAUUUGUGAGUGAAGGUAAAUUACUGGAUGCAUAUAAAUUUGCUGCAUUACAAAAAAUGGAUGAUCCAUCAGAGAUCUGCCUGUCUGAGGAGAUAUCAAUUUCUACCAUUCCUCACAAAAAAUACGCCAUGAUAUGCUCUCAGCUACUUAACUUGGUGUCACCAACCUGCAGUGUGCCAAAGGAUGGGUUUGUCAUCCGUUGCCAGCUUGACAUGCAGGACUGCAGUGAGCCAGGACAAAACAAUUGCACUUGCUCUACACUGUCGGAGUAUUCAAGGCAAUGUGCUAUGUCCCAUCAAAUGGUGUUCAACUGGAGAACUGAAAACCUCUGCUCUGUGGGAAAAUGUUCUGCUAACCAAAUCUAUGAGGAAUGUGGUUCUCCAUGUAUUAAAACCUGUUCCAACCCAGAGUACAGCUGUUCCAGUCACUGUACCUAUGGUUGCUUUUGUCCAGAAGGAACUGUUCUUGACGACAUCUCAAAGAAUCGAACAUGUGUUCACAUUAAGCAGUGUCCAUGUACACUGAAUGGGAAAACAUACGCUCCUGAUGAGACAAUGAAAGCAGCAUGUAGAACCUGUAAAUGUACCAUGGGCCAAUGGAACUGUGAAGACUUGCCCUGCCCUGGAAGGUGUUCACUGGAAGGAGGCUCCUUUGUUACUACGUUUGAUUCAAGACCGUAUAGGUUCCAUGGGGUUUGCACUUACGUUCUUAUGAAGAGUUCCAGCCUGCCACACAAUGGAACCCUCAUGGCUGUAUAUGAAAAAUCUGGUUAUUCUAAUUCUGAGACGUCACUUAGUGCUGUAAUUUACCUGUCUACAAAGGACAAAAUUGUGAUUUCUCAGAAUGAACUCCUUACUGACGAUGAUGAACUUAAGCGGCUACCUUACAGAUCAGGAGACAUCACUAUUUUCAGACAGUCCUCAAUGUACAUUCAAAUGUAUACAACCUUUGGGCUGGAACUUGUAGUUCAAACAUCACCUGUGUUCCAGGCCUAUGUGAAAGUCGGAUCACAAUUCAAAGGCAGAACCCUAGGUUUGUGUGGCAACUACAAUGGAGACACUACAGAUGACUUCAUGACUAGCAUGGAUAUCACUGAAGGGACAGCCUCCCUGUUUGUAGAUUCCUGGAGGGCAGGAAAUUGCCAUCCGGCUUUAGAGAGAGAUACUGACCCUUGUGCUUUGAGUCAACUGAACAAAAUAUCUGCUGAGACUCAUUGCUCCGUACUUACCAAGAAGGGUACAGUGUUUGAGAAAUGUCAUGCUGUGGUGAACCCUCUUCCUUUCUACAAGAGAUGUGUCUACCAAGCCUGUAAUUAUGAAGAGACCUUUCCUUAUAUUUGUUCUGCUCUGGGAUCUUAUGCACGAACAUGCAGUUCAAUGGGUUUGAUCCUUGAGAACUGGAGAAACAGUAUGGACAAUUGUACCAUUACUUGUACUGGCAAUCAAACAUUCAGCUACAACACUCAGGCCUGUGACAGGACGUGCUUGUCACUCUCUAACCGAGCCCUGGAAUGUCAUCCAACUGACAUCCCUAUUGAAGGCUGCCAUUGUCCUCAAGGAACGUACUUGAACCACAAGAAUGAGUGUGUUCAUAAAUCUCAUUGUCCCUGCUAUUUAGAAGAUAGAAAGUACAUCUUGCCUGACCAGUCAAUAAUAACUGGUGGGAUUACCUGCUACUGCGUUAAUGGGAGGCUAAGUUGCACAGGCAAACCUCAAAAUCCUGCAGAAAGCUGCAAAGCUCCUAAGAAAUAUAUAUCGUGUUCUGACAGUUUAGAAAACAAGCAUGGAGCUGCAUGUGCCCCUACCUGUCAGAUGCUGGCUACUGGAAUUGAAUGUAUACCCACUAAAUGUGAAUCAGGCUGUGUCUGUGCUGAUGGGCUAUAUGAAAAUCUCGAUGGCAGGUGUGUUCCAGCUGAGGAGUGUCCAUGUGAAUAUGGUGGUCUUGCUUAUGGAAAAGGUGAACAGAUCCAAACUGAAUGCGAGAUCUGCACUUGCACAAAAGGCAAAUGGAAAUGUGUUCAGAAAUCAAAGUGUUCCUCGACGUGUAAUCUGUAUGGAGAAGGCCACAUCACCACUUUUGAUGGACAGCGUUUUGUGUUUGAUGGCAACUGUGAAUACAUAUUAGCUAUGGAUGGCUGCAGUGUUAAUAGACCUGUUUCUUCUUUCAAAAUUGUUACUGAGAAUGUCAUCUGUGGGAAAUCAGGGGUUACGUGCUCCAGAUCCAUCAGCAUUUACUUUGGGAAUUUGACAUUCAUAUUGCGAGAUGAAACCUUCACUAUUUCUGGGCAAAAUCCUGGAGUACAAUAUAACGUGAAAAAGAAUGCCCUUCACCUGAUGUUCGAUAUCAUUAUCCCAGGAAAAUAUAACAUGACCCUUAUCUGGAAUAAGCACAUGAACUUCUUCAUCAAGAUCUCCAGAGAAACACAGGAAACUAUAUGCGGUUUGUGUGGGAACUACAAUGGCAACAUGAAGGAUGAUUUUGAAACUCGAAGCAAGUAUGUGGCAUCAAAUGAAUUGGAAUUUGUCAAUUCUUGGAAAGAGAAUCCUCUUUGUGGCGAUGUAUACUUUGUAGUGGACCCCUGUAGCAAGAACCCUUAUCGUAAAGCAUGGGCAGAAAAGACAUGUUCCAUCAUCAACAGCCAAGUCUUUUCUGCCUGUCACAAUAAGGUGAAUCGUAUGCCCUAUUAUGAAGCCUGUGUUCGAGACUCUUGUGGUUGUGACAUUGGCGGGGACUGUGAAUGCAUGUGCGAUGCCAUUGCAGUAUAUGCCAUGGCAUGCUUAGAUAAAGGUAUCUGCAUUGACUGGAGGACCCCUGAGUUCUGUCCUGUCUAUUGUGAGUAUUACAAUUCUCAUAAAAAAACAGGAAGUGGUGAUGCUUAUUCCUAUGGCUACAACAAUGACAACUGCACCUGGCAUUACAGGCCUUGUAAUUGUCCAAAUCAAAACUACAAAUAUGUCAACAUUGAAGGCUGUUACAACUGCUCUCAUGAUGAAUACUUUGACUAUGAGAAGGAAAGAUGCAUGCCAUGUGCAAUGCAGCCUACAGUAACAAGAAGCUCUACGACAAUUACCCUACCAACAGUACCUAGUAUUGCUUCUUCUGCAGCUACUAUAUCAACUGAGACUACAAAUCCAACAAUAACCUCAAAAAUCACAGUUCCAAGAACUUCACCAGCAUCACCUCUUGUCACAAUAAAGUCAAGAACUGCCUACACCUGUCGCCUCAUCAACCGCUGCUUCAACAGAGAUGGAACAAGUAAGGUCCACCACACUACCCUUCAAGACCGCUGUCAAAAAGGAAGCAGCAACCGUCUCAAUACCUACUCAAACUACAUCUCAGAUGACAACUUUCAGCAAGCCUAA